AGUGCGGGGAUUGCGGGGGCGCCCAUGGCUAAGAAACGCUGUAUAUCCGAUGGGUUAUCAUGCCAUCAUAAGGAGAUGUCUGCAUGCUGUCUUGUCUUGUCUUGUCUUGUCAUUGUGAACAAUCCUCUCGAGCACUAUCAAGCAGAGUAAUACCACUUAUAUACAACUCGACUCAUUCAUACUCACCACCAUGACCGAAUCAGCGCGUGCACGACUGAACCAGGUCAAAGAAUUUCUGACCGGAAAGACACCUACCACCACCUUCUCCCUCCCCUUCCAUCCAGACCAGGCCACAUUUCCGACGAGAAAGGAGCUGCCAGCAAUCCCAGGAGCCCCGGAUGGCGCUGCCUGGGUCUGGGGCGACGACGACUGGAUUGGCAGAAUCAACCUCCUGACGCCUGCGCGUGUCAAAGCCGCCGCCAGUGAGAUCAAGACGGGCGACAUUGUGCCGACGAACCUGCCCCUAAACGUACCCGCCCAGCCUGCAUUUCGCCGCGAGACGUUCAAGCACGAGAUCAAGAUCCUCACCGAGGGUCUCUGCUACGACGAUAUCUACCACCUCAACACGCAGUCCGGCACCCAGUGGGACGGCUUCCGACAUUUCGCCCACCUUCCGACCGGCGCAUUUUACAACAACACACGCGCCGCAGAUAUUGUCGGCCCAGCUGCAAACCACAAAUGUUCCAUGCACCACUGGGCCGAGCACGGCAUCGCUGGUCGCGGUGUGCUGCUCGACUAUUUCAGCUGGGCACAGCGCCACGCCAUCACCUACGACCCUUACGACUACCACGCCAUCGCCUACGACGACCUGGUCAGCGUCGGUAAGGAGCAAGGCAUCGACAUCCGGCCCGCUGCCCAGGGCGGCGACAUUAAGGUUGGCGACUUGCUGUUUGUGCGCAUGGGCUGGACGGUGGCGUACUAUGCGCGUCCGGCUGAGGAGAGGAGUGCGCUGGCACUGAGGGAGCAUAAGUUGGGCCCUGAUGAUGGGCAGCGUUAUGUCGGUUUGAAGCAAGAGCCGGCCAUUGUGGACUGGCUACAUGACUGCUAUUUCGGGGCUGUUGCUGGAGACGCUCCGACGUUUGAGGCUUGGCCGACAAUGACGGAUUACUUCUUGCACGAGUAUAUCCUGGCGCUUUGGGGUAUGCCCCUGGGCGAGAUGCUGGAUCUGGAGAAGCUGUCCGAGACAUGCAAGAAGUAUAACCGCUGGUUCUUCUUCUUUUCGAGCGCCCCCUUCAAUUGUCCGAAUGGUGUUAGCUCCCAUGUGAACGGUAAUGCAAUCUUCUGAGCACCUCUGGUAUGCUAGGCAUGACCAAUGCAGUAAGCUCUGGGAUAAGAACUUGUCGAGUGCUGGAACGAGAAAAAGGUUGACGACCGGCGGGUUGGGUA